AUGUUGUUUCGAACACAGCGUUGGAUCAAAGCAGAAGUUGACCAGACGUUUCCGAGAUUGUUGAUGGCUGGCAGAUAUGUCAAUGAGGACACUGUGGAAUCUGAACGUCCGCUGAAAGUGUGUGCCGAGGCUGGUAGAAAAUGUGUGCGGAACAUACACCAGUACCCAGUCCUAUCUGCUGAGUGGAUUGCCCUGGUGGACUCCUUGAAGCAGUUGUCUAGACUGGUGCAGCUGGAAGGCCGAAUGCCUGUCAAUCCGAAGGUUCUGGAGGCUCAGGGACGUGACAUGGACUCAGAAGGAACUCUCUGGGACCAGGAGACACAUGAAAAUGCGAUUCGCAUUUUGGUCGAGGAAGCAAAAGUCAACCUGUGCCUCAGGAUGAUGUAUGACUUCAAGAGAUGGCAGCAAAAUCCAGCAGAGAGGCAGGCGACGAUCGAGGAGGCUAUCAAGGCUUAUGACUCCACAGAGAUGCAGCUGGACCAGAAAUGCAUCCAAUUUGAGGAGUGUUUGGGCACCCUUCUCCGGAAGGCGUUCAUGCACGUUGAAACUUUGCAGCUCAUGGACAUUCCACUUCUCAUUGAGCAUUGUGUCUUCAUCCUACAGGCGUGCUUCAGUUCGCUCGAUGACAGCCUAGGGGAAGCCCGCCUCCAAGAGUCCGUGGUCCUGUAUUACUUUAGCUCCUUGAUGAAGCAUGCAGAGGCCUUGAACAACUCGGAGCUCCUGGCGCGGAGCCGUGAGUUCCAGUUGGUGGAGCUGGCCGUGAGCCACUUCCUCCGCUUUGCAGAGCAGUUUCCCGAGGACUUGAAGUACAGCCUCGCAGACGGGCUCGCUGCCAUGGCCGACAACGAGGACUUUAUGACCGAAUGGGAGUCAUUCUUCCCAAGUCCAGACGCAAAAGCAACCUUCCUAAUGCUGCAAGAAAAGCUGACAGCUCCGAUUUUGGAGGAAAAGCCGGAGAAACGACGGGAAAUCAGACCUUUGCUGGACUUCUUCAAUGCCAUCAAGCGCUCCAUGUGA